AAGAAAAGCUUCCUCGCGGGAACGCGGGAACGGGCACCCAGGCCUAGUGCGCCCCCGCCUCCGUGGACGGUGGGUUCGGAUGACCACCGGUAGGAAUCCUCCGCGGUUCAAGAGAACGGCGAGGAAGCUCGGCAAGAAGGCCACGGCGAUCAAGGCGGGAGCCACCGGCGCCGGCGUCCGAGUCGGAAUCACAGCGCCGCCCACCGCUCCACCGCCUCCGGGGGCGAGUCUCGUUACCCGACCUCGUUCUCUCCCGGCCCCGGCGGCGAUUUUGCCGCAAGAUUUCUUUUUAGUUGACUCCCUCGACCUCGCCCAUCGCCUCCUCGGCAAGUUCCUUCGACGAGACGAAGUCGUUCUCCAAAUCACCGAGGUGGAGGCCUACAGGCCGGAUGAUUCGGCAUGCCAUGGUCGAUUCGGCAUUACAAUGCGGACAGCACCAGUUUUUGGGCCGGGAGGGCAUGCGUAUGUGUAUCUGUGCUAUGGCCUCCACGUGAUGCUCAACAUUGUGGCGGAUAAGCAAGGAGUGGGUGCUGCAGUUUUGAUUCGUUCGUGUUCUCCUGUCAGUGGUUUGGAAACCAUUAAGGAACGUCGAGGUCAGAUGACUGACAAGCCUGUCCUACUGACUGGGCCAGGAAAAGUUGGUCAGGCACUUGGCAUUACGACUGCUUGGUCAAGCCAUCCUCUCUACACCCCUGGGGGAUUGGAAGUAUUAGAUGGACCUGAGCCGGAGAAAAUUUUGAUCGGUCCACGCGUUGGCAUUGAGUAUGCAUUGCCUGAGCAUGUCGGUGCUCCAUGGAGGUUUGCCAUUGCUGGUAGUCCCUGGAUAAGUGCCCCUAAGAACACUUUCAGGCCACCAUGAUAGCAAGAGACUGCAGCAUAAGCUUCUUUGAGAAUGUUUCUCGGCUUUUUGUGAUCUUCUUUUACAACCUACACUGCAGUCUUAUUGUUUAUUCUGUAUGGAGGCCAUGAGUAUCUUAGAAGUAUGUUCAGGAACAAUAUGAAACACUUGCAUUCUAAUGAUAGAAAUGAGCUGAUCUUAUUCGACAGCAAUGAGUUUGGUGCUGAAAAUA